AUGGAGACACGCGAUUCGAAUGGCGUAGCCUACGCGAAAAAAGCUGCAAAGAAGUACAGACACGGGUUGGAAGGCGACUCAGAGGGGAGAAGGGUGGAGGGAAGGACUAGGGGGUCGGAAGGGCACGCUGCCGGAUCGUGUGCGCCGUGUGGGGAUCUUCGCGUUGCUGCGCAAGCAGCGACUCAGGCGCCUCUUAGGGCAAGCAGCAUGGCAGCGGGAGACCUUUUGCUCUCCCUUUCCUCGCUUUUUGCGCGGUGUUAUGCCUCUGUUUGGAUAAUUCAAGUCAUUCCCUUUGACUUGGGGGAGCGAUUCGGAACGUUUCUGCGGCAGCGGGCAGCGUUGAUGUCUGUGAUUCGGCCCGCUGGCGAAGCAGCAGUGGAAAAGCUCAGCAAGUUCCCGCAGUUCGCAGCCGUUGGUCGGUUUAUUUUGCAGCAGCACCAGGCGCUUAAUGACUACGUGGAUGAGCUGCUGCUGAUGCUGCUGGGCAUGGGAGAGGCCGCUGCUGCGAAGGGAAAAACCGACGAGCAGCGUCCCCAGUCACCCGCGAAGCCUUCGCAGGAGGAGGCGGAGCAGCAGCGGCAGCAGCGCAAAUCGAAGAACGUGCAAGCCCUCCAGGCAGCUGCCAGCAUUCCUCAGAAGCAGAAGCCAGGCAGGCCGUUGCAGAUCGUCAUGCCCAACGAGCUGCACACAGGCUUCCUGAUCAACGAGGAAGCCCUCGCAGAGCUGGAAGCGAUCAGUGGACCGCUCGCAGUGGUAGCAGCCAUGGGACCGAUUCACUCCGGCAAAAGCUUCUUCUUGAACAGCCUCUUAGGUCGAGAAGGGUUGGGGUCUUCCGGAUUCCCAGUAGGCUUUACUGUUGCUCCUGGUUCGCGAGGAUUGUCGCUGUAUUCGAAGCCUUUGCUCGUUGACAGAGCAACGGGUGCCUUGCUCUCUGAAGCCACUGCCUCGGGGAAGGCUGCAGAGGCGGACGCAGUGCGAGUGCUGAUGUUAGACAGCGAAGGCUUUGGAGGGCCGAAUGUCACGCGAAGCUACGACCAGCUGCUCUACGCAAUCGGCUCGCUUCUCGCCUCUCACGUCAUCUUCGUCUCCAUGAAGAUGAUUGACGCACAGGGUUUGCAGCUCCUCGAAGAUCUGGCUAGAGACGCAAAUCUUUUUUCCUUGCGAGCACAUGCACGCUCUGUUCUCGAGGCUCCAGGGCAGCAGCAGAAGGGGCAAGAAGAGCAGCAACAGCAACAGCAACUGCAGCAACAGCAACCGCAGCAACAGCAACUGCAGCAACAGCAGCAGCAGGCAGCAGACACAUCUUCCGCGCUCCUGUCUCUUCUAAGCCCUUGCUGUCUCUCCUGGGUAGUUCAAGACUUCGUGCAGGAUCUGGAAGGUUUGACCGCGCAACAGUGGUUUGAAGGGUUGCUGCAAACCAACCGAUGGCAUACGCCUCCUAAGGCGAUCGAGGCUGGCGAGGCACAGUCUCAUAACAAGCACUCGCUCCGGACGUUGUAUCCUUCGGUGGAGUGCUUUGCUUUGAAGGCACCUACGUCUUCAGGGCACCUGCUGCAGCGUCUGGAUCGGCUGAUGCCAGAAGACGAAGAUCCAGAUUACAGAACUGCCUUUGACGCUGUCAGGCGUAGGAUACUGGCAGUUGCUGCCGCAAAUCCGAAGCUGAAACUCGCAGCAGGAGAGGCUUUGCUCGCCUUCCAGCCUGACCAACAGCAGCAACACCAGCAGCUGCAAGACACGCAGCAGCCGCAGCAGUAUUUGUCAGGAAGGGAUCUUGCAGAGCUUGUGCGUUUCCUCGUGGCUGCGGCGAAUGCCAACAUGUUUGAAGACGUUCAAGUCUUCAUGAAUCACUUCUCCACUGUCCGCAGUGCAAUGGCGAAGAACGAUUUGCUGCUGCUAUUCUCGCGAGAUUUGCAUCACCUUACCGACCGCGUGCUCCCUUUGCUGCCUGAAGAAGUCGCCGCAGCAGCUGCUGUGCUGCGCAGCAAGACGCUGGCUUUGUGGCAGCAACAGACUGCAGCGGAAGCGUUCGCGAACCGCCUCGAGACCAACAAACAGGAGGAGCAGCUAAUUAAAAAGAUGGAUGAAACUGUGGAGAAAGCCUUGCAGACGGCAAGCAAGUUGGUUGCAGCCUUCUGUCAGUCGGUGUGUGAAGCUCAGCUGUCUGUACAGCGCGAAGCCGCGGAGCUGCAGAUGCGGAGACUGCCGAUGCCUCCAAAGGAAUUAGCCGACUUCUCAAGCUACCAGCAGCAGCAGAGCAAAUCUGCAUUGCUGCAGCGUCUCCGUCCUGGCGGACGAGAUUACUCCGCAUUGCCCUCUUGCACUGAGCAGCUCAAUCAACACUUUGAAUCGGUGCAAGCGCUUUACUUGGAGCUGCACUCAGCAAACAUUAGGAGCAUCACGGAUCAAAUGCAGCGUGCAGCCGAUAGGGCAGCGGAGUUUGUGCGGCAGCAGCUGCAACAGCAGCCGUUGGACUUUAUUCGGCCUCUUCAGGAGUUCAAGGGAUUGCUGCUUGACUGGCAACAAGCAGCGUGGACCUUAUUUGAGUCGGAUGUUGCCUCUCUGCGAGACGUUGCUGACUUGCACUCCGAUGUAUCAGCGGAUCUGGCGAGGAGACUUGGACAGGUGGAGGCGCAAGGCCUUAAGACUUGGAGCGCGAAGUGCAUGGAAGCCUCAAAAGAAGUCCUCUCUCGGUGGGAGCUGCUAUUUCAUCCAGAAGUGAUGUCGGAGUUUAGCGCCCCGCUCCCCAUCGAGGAGGAUGCUCUAGAAAUGCACAUCCAGCAAGUCAAGGCCAGAGCGAGGCAAGAACUUGCGCGGCUGUACUGCGCUUCUUCGGAGCCGUGGAAGGAAGUGUCGGCCGAGCUGGAGCACCGUCUGCACGAGAUGGGGUCUUCUUUGGAAGAGGCGAACUUGGAGGCGAUAAAAACGAACUGUAGCAAACCUUUGGAUCGGCUGAAGGAGGAACUAGCGGACGAGGCUGGCAAGUAUUACUUCUGGCAUUCAUUUGCUCUCCUGGCGCGUCAGCGAGCAGAAGAUCUCCUUCUUUCUGAAUCGGCAGCCAUCAAGACAAACGUUCGCCUUUCGCCUUCGCUGGUCUCUCGGGUGUCUGUCCACUGGAUUCAGACAGAGCUCAGGGCUGCAUACGAGCCGCAACUUCACCGAAAUUUCAUGAACCUUCUGUCUACGGUGAUAGGCGUGCUCAUGGUUCUCUUGGGUAUCUGUUUGGCGCUGUCCUUCUCCUCCCUGUUCUUCGGGGUGUCUGUCUGCGAUGCCCACUUGGAAGCGAAAAGUGUCUCCCCCGUUUUGGAAGCUGCGCCUCCAAAGCCACCUCAUAACAAGCUUAGCGCUCCAAGUCGAAGAUUUGAGCAUGAGAAAUAA